GGAAGAAAAAAUGGCGGCCAAGGGCUAGCUCCUUAGUGAUGAACACACACGUUAACAAACGACCUAAUGUCGACAACGAAACUCCUCUGAGAUACGGUUGUCUUUUUAGAGGCGGCCCAUCACAACCAUCGCGCUGGCCUCAGGAAAGGUGGUGAGUCGCUUUUUUUGAACGCCCAGUUUGGCGGAAGAAAAAGGCGCACUUCUGUCGUCCGGUGGGGAUAAACAACACUGCACGACGGUUAUGAAGUGCUAACGGUAAACGUCAUUGGCCUGUCUUGAUAUCUUGGUCCAUACCAUUGGAGCAUGAGGAAGCCUAUGCCACAGAAAGCUAUAGAGUGGAAAGAUGCAAGAAGGAUCAAGCACGCCCGCAGUGGACGGCCCGUCCGGGGGCCCUCCCUGUAUCAAGGACAUUUCAGUUGGGAGAAAUACCUAAAAGAGACGGGUGCCAGUGCUGCUCCUACAUCAUGCUUCCGACAGAGCCUCACGCCCCCACUCAAUGAGUUCAAAGCCGGCAUGAAGCUCGAGGCGCAGGAUCCGCGGAACACCACGUCUACUUGCAUUGCCACCGUGGUGGGCCUGACGGGGUCGCGGCUUCGCCUGCGCCUGGACGGCUCGGACAACAAGAAUGACUUCUGGCGCCUGGUGGACUCGUCAGAGAUCCAACCCAUCGGUAACUGUGAGAAGAACGGGGGUAUGCUGCAGCCGCCACUUGGUUUCCGUCUCAACGCAUCAUCCUGGCCCAUGUUUCUACUGAAAACACUAAAUGGAGCUGAGAUGGCACCUCCUCGCAUUUUUCAUAAGCAGGAGCCUCCUGCACCGGAACAGAACUCCUUCCAAGUGGGCAUGAAGCUGGAGGCGGUGGACCGUAAAAACCCUCACUUCAUCUGCCCGGCAACAGUGGGCGCACUGCGCGGAGUGGAGGUGCUGGUCACCUUUGACGGCUGGCGGGGGGCCUUCGACUACUACUGCCGCUACGACUCGAGGGACAUCUUUCCGGUCGGCUGGUGCACGCUCACCGGGGACAACCUGCAGCCACCUGGAACCAAAGCAGUGCUGCCGAAGAGUAUUGGGCCCCUAACAGACGGGUCAGUGGAAAACCAAGCCAUGCACACGCCCCCCAUAGGCGACAAACCUCCCAGUCAGAGGGGGCGCAAACCUGGGCGCAGGAAAACCAAGGGGCCUUGGAAUCAGAAGACUUCUGCGGCGUUAGGACCACCCAGCAUCCAGACGACCAAAGGCCUGGAGCCCAUUAAGAUCCCCAAGAAACGAGGGCCCAAGCCUGGACGUAAGUUGAGUUGGGUAAAGAGAGCAGGCUGGCUGCAAGACACCAUGGCAGGACCUGGCCGGCCAACAGCAGGUCCAGGACGACCCCGCGGCAGAUUGCCGGCCAAUUGGGCCCAGAGGAUAUCCUUGCAACAGGCCCAGGCUUCACCUGUCAAGAUCCCAAAAAAAAGAGGGCCCAAGCCUGGCAGCAAGAGAAAACCUCGCCUGGUACCUAAUGCAGUCCCCACGUCUCCCACCAGCAGCACCCCUGAGCCUGACACCAGCACCGUACCCCUCGACAACGCCACCAUCCCCAAGUCUGCACUACAGGCCCCCACAGUUUGUGUUUACCUAAACAAGUACGGCAAAAUGGGACCCCAUCUGGACCAGUGGCGCAUUCAGAAGCUGCCGGACCACUUUGGUCCAGGUCGGGCGUCCUCUGUGCUUCAGCAGUGCGUCCAGGCUUGCGUGGACUCUGCCCACGACCAGGCCACCGUUUUCUCCUGCCUCAAGCCCGGCCAGGGGGGUGAGGUCAUUUCAGCCUUCUUCAACCAGCAGCAGCACACGCUGACGCUGCCCACCGUCAGCAGCGUCACCUACGUCCUCCGCUUCCUGGAGAAGCUAUGCCACAACCUCCAUUGUGAACCCCUCUUUGGCAGUCAGCCUGUUGCCAAAGGAAGCCUGCACUAUGACGGACGCACCUACGCCGCAGACAGGAGACGUUUGGGAGAUAACCUGACAAAGGGUCCUGGACGAGGCACCAAGAGGCUCCUGCAGAACUCGUACAACAUCCCCCUACCCCCAAAACUGGCCAAGAGCUCCCGUCCUUCAACUGAUGGGGAGUGCGUGGAGAGCAACGUGGUGGCCGCAGCAGCAGAGCACUUAAAGAAGAGCCCCCUCUCCCCGAAGUUUUUGGUGCAAAAGUCGGGUGUGCGCCAUGCCAACUUGUCAGGCUCGGGCAGUUUUCGGGAGAGCCCCAGGCCCAGUGGUCAAGACCCCAACCUUUGGAGCGUAGAGGAAGUCAUGCAGUACAUUCGGGACAUCGACCCUGUGCUGGCGCCGCAUGCCGACCUAUUCAGGAAACAUGAGAUCGACGGCAAGGCACUGCUGUUGCUGCGCAGUGACGUGAUGAUGAAGUACAUGGGCCUGAAGCUGGGCCCCGCCCUCAAGCUCACCUUUCACAUCGACAAGCUCAAACGAGCGUGAUGGGUCAGAACCGGACCCAAUGGGCAGUAUUUGACUCAUGUAACGCCUCCGCCACAUCUUCACACAGCAGCCGCCGUCUUCUCUGGAAUCACAUCCACCUCAUGUAAUGAGGACGCUUCUAUUCAGUAGAACAGUCUAGCCUAAGGCAGCAUGCAUUGUUUUGUUUUACAUAUAAUAUUUCAACUGGCUUUAUUGCGUGGCCUGUUUUUCUACUGUUACAUUUUAUCUUGUACAUUUCACCUUUUUCUACUUGAAAUUCACCUUUUUUAAAAAAGCUAAAUGAUGAAAUCACUACAUUCAUCCCAAUAAAUGGGAAUGCUUCAAACGAUUGUCUCUGUUUGAGGCACACACAACUACAAUAUGAAUUAAGGUGAGAAUAAUCACAUUUUUAUGACUAAAUAAUCAUUUUUAAAAAGAUUCUUGAGAAUACUGCCACGAGAAAGUUUUUCUUGUUAUGGAUGUCGUUUACAACGUCUUCACUUUUGUUAUUUGUACUUUUUACAGUUGUUUUUGAUACGAUGUCAUCAGAGUUCCUACCUGAAGAGAACUAUCAUGUGUAACACUGUUCAAUACAUUUAGAAUGGUGGAACUUUU